CCUUAUGAUCAUGAAAAGUCAUUUGUAGUACAUUUCGUAGCAAUCAGCCGAUCGGUUAGGUUCUCUUUAGCAUUCCAGCUUCUAGUUUUUUUGUUUUUACGUAAAGUUAAGUUAAAAGUGCAUUAAAUAUGUCUAAGAAAGCAGAUAUUGCACUCAUCGGAUUGGCCGUGAUGGGGCAAAAUUUGAUUUUGAAUAUGGAUUCGAAGGGAUUCGUAGUUUGUGCAUAUAAUCGAACAGUGGACAAGGUAACCCACUUUCUAAACAACGAGGCCAAGGGCACAAACAUCAUUGGGGCUACUUCGCUCCAGGACAUGGUGAACAAAUUGAAAACACCACGUAAAGUGAUGAUGCUUGUAAAAGCUGGAUCUGCUGUCGAUGACUUCAUUGCUCAAUUGGUUCCUCUCUUGUCCCCCGGAGAUGUUAUUAUCGAUGGCGGAAAUUCCGAAUAUCAAGAUACUGCACGUCGAUGCAAUGAACUUAAAUCAAAAGGAUUAUUGUUCGUUGGAUCCGGCGUGAGUGGUGGUGAAGAAGGUGCCCGGUAUGGACCAUCAUUAAUGCCCGGCGGACACCCAGAAGCGUGGCCUCUUAUCAAGGACAUUUUCCAAUCGAUUUGUGCAAAAUCAGGCAAUGAACCGUGUUGUGAAUGGGUGGGAGAAGGAGGUGCUGGACACUUUGUUAAAAUGGUUCACAACGGCAUUGAAUACGGAGACAUGCAGUUGAUCUGUGAAGCAUAUGAUCUCAUGAAGCGUCUUGGUCUGACACAGGAAGAGAUGGCUAAAGAGUUCGACAAAUGGAACAGGGAGGAGUUAGACUCAUUCCUAAUUGAAAUCACUCGAGACAUUCUUAAGUACAAAGAUGGAAGUGGACCGUUAUUGGAAAGGAUCCGCGAUACAGCUGGCCAGAAAGGAACAGGCAAAUGGACGGCAAUUGCUGCACUGCAAUAUGGAGUGCCGGUAACUUUGAUUGGAGAAGCAGUGUUUUCCCGAUGCCUAUCUGCCUUGAAGGAUGAGCGUGUGAAAGCAAGCAAGGUAUUGCAAGGUAGUGACGCUAAGCCAGCGGUUAAGGACAAGGCAGAGUUCCUAAAUCACAUCAAGCAUGCUCUGUACUGCUCGAAAAUUGUUUCAUAUGCUCAAGGUUUUAUGUUGAUGCGUGAAGCUGCGAAGGAGAAUGGGUGGAAUUUGAAUUAUGGCGGAAUCGCACUCAUGUGGCGAGGAGGUUGCAUUAUUCGAAGCGUUUUCCUUGGAAAUAUAAAAGAUGCUUUCAAACGUAACCCAGAUCUCUCGAAUUUACUUUUGGACGACUUCUUCAAGAAGGCAAUUGAAAAAGGACAACAUUCCUGGCGACAAGUUGUAAGUAAUGCUAUUUUGUGGGGUGUACCUGUCCCUGCACUUUCAACAGCUCUGACCUUCUACGAUGGAUAUCGGUCAGAGCGAUUGCCGGCUAAUCUGCUGCAGGCACAGCGAGAUUACUUCGGCGCUCACACGUAUGAGCUGCUAGGCCAAGAAGGCAAAUUCGUGCAUACCAACUGGACUGGUACCGGAGGAAACGUUUCGGCAAGUACUUAUCAAGCCUGAGAAGAUACAGAUACUUUUAAGGGGCUGUUUUGUAACAUUCAAAUUGGAUCGGUGAUCGUUUAUAUGAAAGAGUAUAUGUAUCGGUUGUAUUUUUGAUAUUGUUAUUUUUUGUAUAUUUUUAAUAAAAUGGAAACAUUUGACCUGAAA